UUUUUUAACUAUGCACAGAAACUCCAUUCUUUGUGGACAAGAACCACCAGGAACAACAGGUUAAUAAUGUGACUAAUAAGAACGAUAUCCAGGAUAUAGUUGAAACAGAUCUGAACGACAACUUACCGCAAACAGAGAGAGGUAUGGAGAUUGACAGUGUACUAAGCACAUUGGGAGAUAUUUCAUUCAACGACAAACUAACUCCAGAAAAUUUUGAAGAAUUCCUAGAUAUUCUAGAGAAAAUUUUGGAUGAUUGCAAGAAGUUUAAUAUUUCACUUCCAAUGACGGUUAUUUUGACGACAAUUGACAACCUCCUAGCUGAGAAUCACACAGCUGCAUGGAAGAAUAUUUCCACUGAACAGUUAAGUAGACGAGUAAGUAAAAUCUUCAGAUUUGUAGACAAGUUCGGCUUACUUGUCUUAGAGACCAUCAGCGAAAACGAAAGCAUCACCUCUAGCACAACCAAGAAUAUAGUUUUCAAGGCUGCAAAACUUCUGGCAAAUGAUACUAUAAAAUUCAAGGCAAACAACAACACCGUAGGUUCAACACUGGUGCUUCCAGCACAGGCGUAUGGAUUUCCUCAAAGUUUGCCUUAUCUUGCGGUGAAUUACAAAACUUUAGGAAACCUAAUUAACAUCAUCAAGGGACAUGAAGAAAAUUCAGGAUACAGAAUUUCCUCUGAUAUCAUGACAUUAACACUUAAUAAAAGUUUACCUGACAGAUCACUAGAUCCUCCACUGCAUUUAAAAUUCUUGAAACAGGAAGAUUUCAAUUCUAUCCCCGAAUGUGUAUUUUGGGAUUUUCACUUAAAUGCUGGCGGGUGGUCAACUAAUGGAUGUGAAUUACAAUCUGAAAAUCAUCCUUACAUUCAUUGUAAAUGCAACCACUUGACAAAUUUUGCAGUACUGGUGCGACCAUAUUCAAGGGCACAAGACGAAGAGGAGGUGUUGAGUUGGAUAUCUAUCAUUGGUUGCGCGAUAUCUGUGUUUCUCUCGUUUCUUACGGCAAUCAUUUACACCGUUUUCUGGAAGCAAAUCUAUUACAUGUGA